AAGAGUUGGGGAUUUGGCAACUGAAAAGGCCAGUUAGAUUUCAAAUCACCAUAACGUAAUUUUUAGUUACAAAUAAUCCCAAAUGUACCGGUCAUAUUUAUACUAAAAAAAAUUUCACCAAAUGCCCAGCGUUUUAUCUGGCAACUUUGAUCGUGAGCAUUCCUUUGUCCUGGAGUCAAAUAGGGAUCCUCUAGGCUUUUGCUCCUCUGUGAGAUAGACUAAGUUUACCUAGAGCUGAGCAUUGCGUGUUUAGCUAAGAUGUGUUUAGCUCCAAACCCUUGGGAUCUCUUACUUGAAAACCGGACAUCCCAUGGUGGGUGCCCUGUAUAUUCCUUUCACAACAUAGUAUUUUUCUUUCUUUCUUUUCUUUUUUUUUUUUUGAAAAUUGGCUGUGUGCUACCUGGCUAACUGGCACAGGUCUGGAAGUUGCACAUUAUUUAGGAGGGUGAUAAAUUGUUACCUGGAGUGUUCUCUGUUGCACUGGACAGAGCAUCAGAAAGCCUGAGGUGUCAGGCAGAGUAUCAGCCCUCCACUGUUAUGGAGGAGUCCAUGACUGAUGCCCGGCAGGGGUGUCUCUCCCACAGAACUGUACUUUGCAAGUUCCCUGAAAGAAUCAGGCUUAAUUUCAUCCCACCUUGCAAAUGAGCUCAGUUUGAGAAAAGAUAUACUACACACUUGAGAAAAACUAGCACCCCAAUUCCUAGACUCCUUCCUCUUCUAUCCACGCUUACUGAUACAGCUGUCUUCCAGCAUAAUGGUAGACAUUUAUUCUAGUAAGUAUCUUUUUUAGGGGCUUUAAUUUAUUUCAGUGGUAGAGUGCAUACUUGUUACAUGUAAAACCCGGGUUCAGUCUCCAGUACUCCUCAACUCCCAAAUUUAGAUACUUUUUUUUUUUAACAGAUGCGUGCUUUGGUUUCAUUGUCCCUGUAUAGCUGCCUGACCUUUACCCCAAGACCUUCUCUGUUUUUCACUCUGUCCAGUGGGAAAAUGAUUGUUUGGGCACAGUUAGGAGCCUGGCCUUUGCCUGCUCCAGCACUGGGCUGUUUCUGCUGUGAGUGGUGUAACUCAGAGCUUGUUUUGCUAUUAUGGAGCCAGAAAGGGGUGUUCCUGGCAAGCUGACCCUGUCCAGCUGUGUGGGUAGAAGGGCACCUUUCCUUGUGCUGUAGAUUGAGCCUCAUAGCACAUGUUCACUUGCAUAUGACCUGAGGCUUGCCAAAGGGCUCACCUUGAGUCCAGUUUUGUAGCUACUCCUGAUUUGUGCCUGGACCUUUUGAUGAACUGGUCUUGAGUGCUGAGAAUCCUCAGGUUGUGUGCACUGAUAGCUGGUAGCCUUUCUACACAGAACCAGCAGUCCCAGACUAGUCUUCUGAGCUAAUGCAAUAGAGCAGGCUAGAGGUCAGUGGGCUUGGGGUCAGUUGGUGAGACAACCAACAACCUUUCUCUCUUUUCUUCUCUCUCUCUCUCUCUCUCUCUCUCUCUCUCUCUCUCUCUCUCUUUCUCUUCUUGCAGUAGAAAUGGUAAAAAGAUAAGGCAGAAAUGUCAGAAAGGGGCACAGUCUUGGUGUGAGAACGUAGAAGCAGAGGUGUGGGAAAAGGGUGGGUGGUGCAGGGGACCACUGGGAGGAAUAGCUGCCCUUGUGAAUGAUUAACUCCCAGCCAGAGGAGGUGACUCAGGAGGAGGGUCCACGGAAUAGGAACUUUGGACUUGGGACAGAGUGUCUAGAAGACUGGUGUGUGGCCUACAGAGGAAGAGGACGUGGCUGGGCAUCAGGGCUGGGCUUGCAGGACUGGAGUAGUGUCAGGGUGCCUGCAGGCCUCGUGGAUUCUUAGCUUUCAUUUCAGAUGGUUCACUCUUGCAGCCAUGGCUAUGGAGUCCACCAGUCCUGAGGUCUCAGUAGGGUGGUCAUGAUGGUGGGGUUCUGUCUGUGGCCUCACUCAUUCUCCUCCCUCUCCAGGCAGCUAUGGAUACAAGGCUGCGCUGAGAGAAGUGGGGGCAUGGCUGCAGCCCUCCAGGUCCUGCCCUGUCUCCUCCGAGCUCCGUCACGUCCUUUCCUCUGGGGUCCUCCGGUGGCCCGAAUGUCCAGUGGUAUGGCCUUGGCAGAACAGGCACGGCAGCUAUUUGAGAGUGCGGUGGGUGCUGUGCAGCCAGGCCCCAUGCUGCAAAGGGCGCUGUCCUUGGAUCCUAGUGGCAGACAGCUGAAGGUGCGGGACCGGAGUUUUCAGCUGCGGGAAAACCUCUACCUAGUGGGCUUCGGCAAGGCUGUACUGGGCAUGGCAGCUGCAGCCGAGGAGCUACUGGGCCAGCAUCUUGUGCAGGGUGUGAUCAGCGUUCCCAAGGGGAUCCGAGCUGCUAUGGAGCACGCUGGAAAGCAAGAGAUGCUGCUGAAGCCACACAGCCGCAUCCAGGUGUUUGAGGGUGCAGAGGACAACCUACCGGACCGUGAUGCACUGCGGGCUGCCUUGGCCAUCCAGCAGCUGGCAGAGGGGCUCACGGCCGAUGACCUGCUGCUUGUGCUCAUCUCAGGUGGGGGUUCUGCCCUGCUGCCUGCUCCCAUCCCGCCUGUCACUCUGGAGGAGAAACAGAUGCUCACCAAGCUGCUGGCAGCCCGUGGAGCCACAAUCCAGGAGCUGAACACCAUCCGGAAGGCCCUGUCCCAGCUGAAGGGUGGAGGGCUGGCUCAGGCUGCCUAUCCUGCUCAGGUGGUAAGCCUCAUCUUGUCAGAUGUGAUUGGGGACCCUUUGGAGGUGAUCGCCAGUGGCCCUACUGUAGCCAGUGACCACAAUGUGCAAGACUGCCUGCAGGUUCUUAAUCGCUAUGGUCUUCGUGCUGCUCUGCCACGUUCUGUGAAGACUGUGCUCUCUCGAGCUGACUCUGACCCCCGCGGGCCACAUACUUGUGGUCAUGUCCUCAAUGUGAUCAUCGGCUCUAAUUCUCUGGCACUGGCUGAAGCUCAGAGGCAUGCUGAGGUGCUGGGCUACCAUGCCACGGUGCUGAGCACAGCCAUGCAGGGUGAUGUAAAAAGUGUGGCCCAAUUCUAUGGGCUGCUAGCCCGGGUGGCUGCAGCCCAUCUCACUUCACCCAUAGCUGGGCAUCUUUUGGAGGAAGAGGCAAAACUCUAUCAGCUGGCAGCUGAGCUCCAGCUCCCAGACCUGCAGCUGGAGGAGGCUCUGGAAGCUGUGGCAAAGGCUAAAGGCCCAGUCUGCCUCUUGGCUGGUGGUGAGCCCACGGUGCAGCUGCAGGGAUCUGGCAAGGGUGGUCGGAACCAAGAACUGGCCUUGCGCGUGGGAACAGAGCUGGGCACACAGCCACUGGGGCCUAUUGAUGUGCUAUUUUUGAGUGGAGGCACUGAUGGGCAGGAUGGGCCUACAAAGGUGGCUGGGGCCUGGGUCAUGUCUGAUCUUGUCAGCCAGGCUUCUGCUGAAGGCCUGGACAUAGCCACCGUCCUCUCCCACAAUGACUCCUACACCUUCUUUUGCAGCCUCCAGGGUGGAACUCACUUGCUGCAUACAGGGUUGACAGGGACCAAUGUCAUGGAUGUCCACCUCCUGAUUUUUCGUCCUCAGUGAUGGCAUAUUUGAGAGUAUAUAAGGAGCCUACAGGGACAGGGUCUCCUGGGAAUAUCCAGGGCUGGUUCCCAGGUCCUCGUUGUGUUUUAGGACUCCCUGUCCCCUUAGCCUGGCUCCUUUACUGCUCUACCCACCUCCCUCGAUCUUCUCCAUAUUCAUUCCCCCACCAGAUUCUUCCCCCUACUUCCUGUCAUGUCAGCAAGCCCAGAAGAAGCUCCUUGGCCCGUUCCCAGUCCUGAUUUUCUCCCCAGGACCCCAUCUGUCCAAGUCUUAGCCUUCCAUGGAGUGAAGCUAGGGAGCCUGAAAAUAAAAAGGAGCGUUGUGGGGGUCUCAGCUCAUCUCUCAGUGCUUCUCUGGUGCAGAGCUUUGAGUAGCUGGUGUGGUCCUAGCGCUGGUGCAAGUAUCUCACAGGGUUUCUCACCCCCUUCACUGUGGGGCACACUCAGGGUCUGUUGAUGGGAAUCUGUGAGGGUUGCCUAUGGCUCUAGCAGCCUCAAUGUGGGUGAGCAGGAGAGCUGUAAGGACUGUGACCUAUUCAACCAUGACUCCCUGUGGCA